CUGCGCCGCCAGUCGUAUGUCAUUCAGCGUGCAUGGUAGUUGUGGAUUUGAUAAUUUUCAUCUAAAAUCGCGAUGCGCCUUCGGAAGUGACUUUACAGUGCAAAGUGAACACAGAAACAUACAAAAUGCUCGCGGACGGUGAAAUAGUUGGUGACGGGUCAUGGAACCUCACAAUCUACGUCACGGACAUGAACGAAAAGCGAACCAUGGUCGUGAAAGGAGACAUGCACAUCGGCGGAGUUAUGCUGAAACUGACCGAGAGCUUCGGUAAAGAAUUCAAAAAGGACUGGUCAGAUCACGCGCUAUGGUGGCCCACACGCAACAAAUGGCUGUCCAGACCAAAGCACACACUGGACCAGUACGGAGUCCACGCGGACGCGGCACUUCACUUCACGCCAAUGCACAAACCCCUCAGAAUACAACUGCCAGAUUUAAGAUACAUCGAUUGCAAGAUUGACUUCUCCAUUGACACGUUUAGCGCAGUCGUGCAACUGUGCAAAAGUCUUGGUAUAAGACAUCCUGAGGAGCUAUCUCUAUGUUAUCCCCUCGAACCGUCACACUUGAAGCAGAACUACCAGAAUUUGAAGGAAGCGAAAAAGUUAAAGUCCACACAAGCCCCCGACACAAAUAGCUUUAUAGCAGCCACUAGGGGUUCUUCAAAUAGCUUGGACAGAUCCAUAGCCUGCCCUGCCACGCCACCGCCACCACGCUCAUUGUCUGCCACGCCUGUUGCUUCACACCAGAAUGGCACACUGAGGCGUUACGGUGGCCACAUUCACAGCACACAGAGCGACGGCUCAAGCGAUGGGGGUUACUGCGGGACACCACCGCGUGCGGCGUCUUUAGACGCUCUCGACUCUUUGGCAGAGCUUUCUCUGGCUGACUCACCCUUGGAACCCGACAGCCAGUCGCGGGAGUCACUCCUUACGCCAAAAUCGCUGAUGGAACGUGCGAGGAUGAAUGUUGGAUGGCUAGAUUCAUCCCUAUCCAUCAUGGAGCAAUACGUCCGCGAGUGGGACACGUUACAACUACGUUUCAAAUUCUACUCGUUCUUCGAUCUGACGCCGCGAGCGCAAGACGCGCCCAGACUGAAUCAGAUGUACCAACAGGCACGCUGGCAAAUCUUAAACCAGGAGGUGCAUUGUACUGAAGAAGAAAUGCUGCUGUUUGCCGCACUUCAGCUACAAAUUGAACUGCAAACACUAGCCGGCGGUGGCGUGGACGCGAACGAUGGGUCUGGCGGGGCGGGCUCCACCACCGCCCCGGAGGACGAAAUAGAUGCCGCCUUGAGUGAGCUUCAGGUGCAGUUGGAAGGCGGGCCGCCCGCGCGCCCCGACAUCACACACGUGCCUGAACUGGCGGGAUACCUGAAGUACCGAGGAAAGUGUCGCGGUGGUAACUGCGUAUUCUCUCGUCAACGGUUCACGCUGCGCGCGUACAAGCGCGGCUGGGUGUCGUGCCGCGACGGCGUGCUGCGCAUCCACAGCUCGCGCGACGCGGCCGCCAGGGGCGACGCGCCGACCUACGCCGUGGAGCUGCGGGGCGCCGAGGUAACACCAGACGCGCAUCCGGCCUCGGGCAGGUAUGGCAUAAAACUCGAAGUGCCGUCAGAAGACACCAUGCACGAGAUGUGGCUUAAGUGUGAAAAUGAGGAGCAGUACGCAGAGUGGGUGGCCGCGUGUCGACUCGGUUCCCGAGGCCGCUCGCUCGCAGAUUCCGCCUUCAGCACCGAGGCGGCGGCCGUCAAGACGCUACUGGCUCUACAGCGACCGCAGCCAGAGGCGGCGCUGCACAAGCACAGUGUACCCCACCUCGACCAUCUGCAGCCAGAGAACUACCUCGCGCCACGCUUCCUCAAGAAGUUGAAAAGCAAGUUCACUCAACGCGUGCUGGAAAGCCACGCCAACGUGAAGGACCUGCCGCUGCUGGAGGCCAAGCUGCAGUACAUCAAGACGUGGCAGAACCUGCCCGACUAUGGACAGACGCUGUUCGUGGUGCGCUUCAUGGGCCACCGCAAGGACGAGAUCAUCAGCAUCGCCAACAACCGCAUCAUGCGCCUCGACCCCAACACCGGCGACCACAUCAAGACUUGGCGGUUUAGUACUAUGAAGGCAUGGAACGUAAACUGGGAGAUCAAACACAUGAUGGUCCAGUUUGAAGAAGGCAACAUAAUCUUCUCAGUGCAAUCCGCCGACUGCAAGGUCGUACACGAGUUCAUCGGAGGCUACAUAUUCCUCUCCAUGCGCUCCAAGGACGCGAACCAGACGCUCGACGAAGAGUUAUUCCACAAACUGACCGGGGGAUGGACGUAAGGACCGAACUAAAGUACAAUGCUAUAAUAUGUAUAGAACUACCCACAUUCUUGUCCUUGUUUAUUAUGAUUCAGCAAUUCUUGCACAUGAAUCAAGAACUAUCAUCCCCAUAAGAUUUAACACUGAGAUCUAUAGUGUAUGUUGACUUUGCUCAGAGUUAAGUUAAAAUUAUACGAACGACAGCGAUAAUAAACUGUCUCUUUUUAUCAGCCAUAAGUCUGAGCAAGAUCUAUAGAAUAUACUUUGUGCUCAGACUUAAGUUCCACUUAAAAUGAGAGAUUUAUGUCAGCGAUAAAAGCCGUGUCUUAAGUCUGAGCAAAGACAAAGUUCGCUCUAUAGAUCUCAGCCUCAGAGUGGACAGUCCAAAAAAAUACUUUCUACCUAGUUAGAUAGUCUCUGUCUAGUGUCUUGUUUUGUCCAUGAAUCACAAAAUUGUGCGAGAAUUGCUAUUUGUUAAAAAUUCACAGAAUCAGGGCCCUGGCCUGUUUCGUUUAUCUAUACAUUAUUGUGGAUUAUGGAUGCCUUUGUGAAUGUGCCUUCAAAAUUCUGACACCCAAUUUAUAACUUGAUAGAAUUUUUAAUAUUGAGUAACUACUCAAUCAAUAAGAUACCUAUUCCAUAAAUUUUCAUGUGAAAAAUCGAUAGUGAUUGGACGCAUGAGUCGCUCGCAAUAAUUGUGAAAAAUUGUGAAACUACUCCUUUGGGAGAGAACCUUACAUUUCGGUUUACGUAUAGUGCGCGCAAAACAAGUAUAUAGUCCAAUUUGAAGUUGCAUCAUGGCGUUUGCGCAGGUUUUAGCUUGAAAUCUAUAGAGCGCAGUUUGACUUUGCUCAGCCUUAAGACACUGUUAAAACGAGACAGCGUUAUACCGCUGGCAUAAAUCUUGUCUCGUUUUAACUACAGCUCCAGUCUAAGCGAAGUUAAAGUACGCUCUAUAGAUCUCAGCCUCAGACUAAGAAUAAAGUACUUACUAGAUACUUGUUUUGCACUGUAUCUGAUCCAAUAUUAAUAUCGAUAAAGGUACCGAUACUUUUGUUACGAUACCGAUAUUUUUUAUACUCGUUACUUUGACGAUUCCCUAGUAAAAUCGAAUAUUACUUUUGUUAUUGGUCACUGUUCUCACACAGUAAAAGAUGGUAUUGUUUCAAUAAUGGUAUACCACAUAAUAAUGAAUUGACUUUUUAUUUAUCUGUAUUAUUGACUCAGGAUUGACUAGAUCUUAAUUUUAGUGCUUCCAUUUAUAUAUUUUUACCAUUGCCAAAUAUAAUAUUGUCGCAGAUCUAUAUAAAAUAAGCUCCAUUGUGUACAGUAUGAACUAUAAAUACAUCACUUAGUUAAAGUAUAUUUUGAAAAUGUCAAUUAGAUUAAUUUCGAAGAAUAAUAAUGGAAAUGAAGUUUUAUAUUUUUAGAUAAGACAUACAUAUUUUUUUAGCUAAACUGCCACUUUCAUUCACGUUAAGGAAAUAUUGCAACUUUACAAACAAAUAUGUAUUCCAAUUAUACUAAGCCUCCAUCCAACUGUCUGUCAGCGGCCUUGUAUCUCAUGAACUGUAAGAGAGAGCUGAAAUGUUCGCAGAAUGUGUAUUUCUAUUGCCUCUAUAACAACAAAUAAUAAUAAUUGCAAAAAAAUAUAAUGUAAAAGUACGAUGGUACGAAACCCUUUGUGCGCGGGUCUGACCCGCACUUGAUCGGUUUUUUUUCAGCUUAGCAAUUUCAACCGUAUAUCCACGUACAUAAAGGCGAGUUUAAGUCGUUUACAAAAACAUUUUCUCUAUUCCGUUUGUAUAAUCGUAUACACUAUUUACUUAACGCGAAUGGAUAUUAGUUCUGUAAGAAUUUAUUAAAUGUUUAUAUAAGUGCCAUCACAUCAAACACAUAGUUUUGUAACUUCGAUAAUAAUUCAUAAUUCAAUAUGGUGCUUUAUAAAAAAAUAUAUUUAGAAUAAUAAUAUUUUUGAGUGGCCUUAAUUUUACAAGACUUUUGCUUCUGUUUUAUACAUUGUAAAUAACAUGAAUAUUACUUUAGGUUAACAAUACUGUUAAGUGGAAUUAGAUGGCAUAUUUUUAGAUGUUUCAUUAAAAAAAAUUAAAUAAGUGAUGUCGAAGGACUAGGUAGGCAGUGCCUUUUUGCCCAUGUGAAUCGCACGCUAAGGUUAAAUCGUCAUACGCAACAAUAUUACAUUAAUAAACUACAAUACAAAGAUUUAUUUUAUUAAUUGUUGACUACUAGUCAAGUUAAAAUCGCAUGAAAUGCUGUCACGUAAUUAAUUCGUAGUGUGUAUGAGUAUUAACAAUGAUACAAAAUGAAUACUAUAGAUUGUACAAAAUGUAUGUACACAAAUAUUAUUUAACAACUUAUGUAGUAUGUUUGUAAAUUAAUGUCGAAAUAAAUGUAAAUGAAUAACAA